AUGAAAAAGCUGUCGAAAAAUGACUUAAAAAAAUCUAUCUAUCUAUCUAUCUAUCUAUCUAUCUAUCUAUCUAUCUAUCUAUCUGUGUCUUCAUCUCCCUCUCGCCUUAUCUAUCUAUCUAUUUAUCUAUCUAUCUCUUCAUCCCUCUGUCUCUAUUUAAAUGCAUAUCUCUUCAAACAUAUAUCUAUCUAUAUAUCUAUCUAUCUAUCUAUCUAUCUAUCUAUCUAUCUAUCUAUCUAUCUAUCUAUCUUUUUCGUCUCUUUUCUUUCUUUCAAUUUUCUUUACAGUUUUUUCUUUUUCUUUUCUUUCUUUCUGUUACUUUUCUUUUCGAUUCUUUUUUUAACUUAUUGCAACAAUGAACAUAUUUUAGCUUCUCAUUUUUCUUUUUCUCCAUUUCUCACCUUUUUCUUUUCUUUCUUUUUCUUUUCUUUCUUCUUGUCUUUCUUUUCUUUCUUUUUACUUUAG